AUGGACGAGGAAGAAGGGAAGAACGAGCUGCAGCCGGUCAAGACGAACCAGUCCAUCGCGGACUCGUUCUCGGUGCCGCGCGAAAUCGUCUUCGUUAUUAUAACAUGCAUGUCGCAGUUCAUCACCCAGGCCAAUGUCGGUAUCUGCCUGUCGCCGCUGGACAUCGUCGGCGAGCAUUUCGGCCUCAGCAAUGGGCCUGAGCUGGCCUGGUUCCUAGCUGGAUACUCCUUGACCGUCGGGACGUUCAUCCUUGUAUUCGGCCGCUGCGGGGAUCUCUUUGGGUACCGCCGGAUGUUUGUUAUCGGGUUCCUGUGGCUGUCGCUUUGGUCGCUGGUUGCGGGGCUCAGUGUGUACUCGAACCAUAUCCUGUUUAUCUUCGCACGGGUCCUGCAGGGCUUAGGGCCUGCGAUGUUGCUGCCGAACGGGCUGGCCAUUCUCGGCGCGACAUAUGCCCCGGGGAGGAAGAAGGAUAUGGUCUUUGCGUUGUUCGGUGCGAUGGCGCCCAACGGGGCAAUUAUCGGGGCGGUCUUCGCAUCGAUCUUCUCCGAGUUUGCCUGGUGGCCUUGGACGUACUGGUCCAUGGCCAUUGUCUCCGUUGUCUGCGCAGGCAUCGGAUACCUCGUCAUCGAGCCCAUCCGACACUCCAGGCCAACCGAUAACUUCUUCGUGAGCCUGGACAUCCCCGGCGCGUUCACGGGCAUCACCGGCCUCGUCCUGGUGAACAUCGCCUGGAACCAAGCGCCCGCUGUCACCUGGGCAGAGCCCUACGUGAUCGUCCUCCUUAUCCUGGGCGCUCUCUUCCUAGCCGCAUUCUUCGUCGUCGAAUUCAAAUACGCAAAGCACCCGCUCAUCCCAUUCCACGCCUUCUCGGCAGACGUCUCCUUCGUGCUCGCCUGCGUCGCAACAGGCUGGGGCUGCUUCGGAACCUGGAUCUUCUACAGCUGGCGCUUCCUCCUCGACAUCCGCGGCAUAUCGCCCCUGCUCGCCUCUGCCCAGUUUUCCCCACCCUGCAUCUCAGGCCUCGUCGCCUCGUGCGUCACGGGCCUUCUCAUGUCGCACAUUCGUCCGGCCUGGAUCAUGUGCAUGUCUCUGACGGCUUUCACCCUCGGCACAGUCCUCAUCACCAUCGCGCCCGUCCACCAGACAUACUGGGCCCUGACAUUCGUCUCUCUCGUCAUCAUCCCCUGGGGCAUGGACAUGUCCUUCCCCGCCGCGACGCUGAUGCUCUCGAACGCCGUGAAGCGCGAGCACCAAGGCCUCGCUGCGUCUCUCGUCACGACCAUUGUGAACUACAGUAUCAGCCUGAGUCUCGGCUUUGCGGGCACGGUCGAGAGCCAGAUUGUCCACGGCGAUUCGCCGGAAGAAAGACUGCGGGGGUAUCGCGCCGCGCUGUAUUUUGCGAUUGGGCUUGGUGGACUGGGCCUUUGUAUUAGCGUGCUUUAUACUGCGAGGAGUUAUAUGAAGAGCCCGCGUUCGGCUUCAAGUUCGAGGUCGAGUUCGAGUUCGAGGACGGCGGCGUAG